GUCAUAAUCAGAAAAACCUCUUUGAUAAGAAGCUGACUAGCACAAUCUGACACCAGUCCAGAUAUAAUGUUCCUUUGAACAAGCAAAGCUCCUUUUGUGCUUGUAGAAGCACAAGCAGCCUUUGAGUUGUCAUUGCUCUUGCCUGGACAAGACUUGCUGUGGCAUGGUAAAAUGGUUUUCCUCAACCAUUCAAAACAGUGUGGACAAGUUCCGUAAUCCAUGCAGUUGAAUCUUGCCUCUUUAGUGCCUAUUCUGCGUGAGAGUAACAUUUCUCCAUUUUUCUCUUUCAAAACUCUACAGUUAUUAGUGUUGUUUCCUCUGUUGCGAAGUAGUCUAACGAGUCUUUUCCUUUUCUUUUCCUCUGUUGUUCCUUUAAUCUUGCAAACCGCUGGUUCCUUUUCAUGCCUAUGGCCCAAUAUAUGUGUGCUGAAGUUUGCAACCAACCGGGAACAAAAUGGACAGCUAUUUCGACCAUUGUAUACUCUAUUAGUACGUUUUUUCUUUCCUUUCUUUGUGGUUGUAGACGUUGUAACUCUUGUUACAAAAAUGUCCUUCAUAUCACAAUCCCUGAUAAUUUCACUUUCACUGUUUGAUUCUCCUGAACUGCUUUCAUCAUCUUCAUCAACUUCUUUGGACAAAUCUCCUCUGCUAUCAUCAUCAGAUAAUUCUGUUUCUAGUUCAUCUAUUUUGGAUGCCACUCGUUUGGAUGUCUUUCCUACGACCUCUCCAUCACUCUUGUCUCUCAUGGUCUCUCCAUCACUCUCAUCUCCUAUGGUUUCUCCUUUUGAUGUGUGUCCUCCGGCCUGUCCAUCACUCUUGUCUCCCAUGGUUUCUCCAUCAUUCUCGUCUCCCAUGGUCUCUCCAUCAUUCUCGUCUCCCAUGGUCUCUCCAUCAUUCUCAUCUCCCAUGGUCUCUCCAUCAUUCUCAUCUCCUAUGGUUUCUCCUUUUGAUGUGUUUCCUCUGGCCUGUCCAUCCUCGUCUCCCAUGGUCUCUCCAUCAUUCUCGUCUCUCAUGGUCUCUCCAUCAUUUUCGUCUUCCAUGGUCUCUCCAUCAUUCUUGUCUCCUAUGGUUUCUCCUUUUGAUGUCUUUCCUCCGGUCUGUCCAUCAUUCUCGUCUCCCAUAUGGUCUCUCCAUCAUUCUUGUCUCCCAUGGUCUCUCCAUCAUCGUCAAGUUCUCUACUUAUCGUGCUCGCCAUCUAGUGAUCAGGAACAGGAAACAACUUAA